CUCUUCACGUGGUCCUUCACAACAUUUACGAUCCGAUGAGCUGUGUGCUCCUGCUCCGAUGAAGUGUGACAGCAAGGAGAUCUUCGAUUAACAUUAACAUUCUCGAGAGGGGAUUCUGGUUCUUUCCUGAAGAUUAUGAAACAAAAAAGUGUUAACGUUAACGGUUUUCAUGGAUUGCAAAUGAGCAUGACAAAUUUUGCCCAGCAUGCAUGUUAUGCAUUACAAAUUUGGGCACGUUUUGUGAUGCUGUAUUGCAUCACAAAUUCCGUUAACGUUAACACUUUUUCCUGUGAUAAAGAUGUAUCCAGGCAAACGGUAUCCAAAAACGCCCCCUGGUGCGUUUUUUGGAAGCAACAAAAAGAAGAAGAACGACAAAAAAACCGUCCUGCUACCCAAAGACGACACUAAGGUCGGCAGAGAGAAUAAGCUGAAUGCUCGAGACGAAGGGGAAAACGGAAUGGCAGUUGCGGGACGUCCACGUCCUGCUCCGGCAGUAGUAAACAGGGGUGAUUUAUUGUCAUCCGAUGCUUGUUUAAGCCCAAUCAACCGCGAAAUACAACUACAGUCGAAAAAUUCGUCAAACAAGAUCGCGGUUUUUGAGAAGUACCGGCUGCAGAAGGAGAAGCAGAAAAUGAACAGGGAGGUCGAGGUAUAGUUUUUGACUUUUGUGCAUCAGUCUGUGCUGCAUUUGAUGUUUGUCAUGCUAGAGACGAGUGUUUUGCAGUCCAGACAGUAUCAUGCGGAUCAUCUUUUUCAGUAUCAGUAUAAAGAAAAGUGCAACGAAAAACAAAAAAUACAUCCACAGCUGUUUGGCCACGGACCAGGAAUAAACGCGGGAUUGCCAUCCUCUUCGUCUUCCGCCCUCGCUGGAAGUAAAAGUAAACGCGUAGGACCUCCCAGACGCGUUUGCAAUACACAACAAGAAGAGCAGGGGCGGAAGUCUACUUGUGCCAAGAAUGUUGACGGCGCGCCAACAGUGUCGAAGAGGCAAGACCGUUCGUUGUCGUCCAAGUCCGUGUUUUUAUCCAGCCAUGCGAUGAUCCAGCAGGAGAGUGCUAGCGCGAGUUCCGGUGAUGCGAAACAGCAGCCCUUCUCCCGUUUUUCCUCUGUCAAUUCUGAAAACAAGAAGAACACCGAGAAGAGCGGGAAGUUGGCGAAGAACAACCCGGGCUUCACCCCUCCUUCUUCCAGCGCCAAGCGGAACAAGAAGUCCGGACCUGCCGCGACCUCAUCUUCUGCACAGAGGAACGGAGUCGCAAACCAUGGCUCUUCCUCUGCUAGUACGGGCAAAAAUUCUGGCGCCGGUAAUAGUAAACAGAAAAUACGCUUUUCCCCGAUUAAAGCCGCUGCUUCCUCGAGUGGCGCCGUCCGAAAAACGCCCUGGUCUUCCAAUACUGGUGCGCUUUUUGAAAUCAACAAAAAGAAGAAGAACGACAAAAAAACCGUCUUACUACCUCCCAACAAGCGUCUUCCUACCAAGAAACGGUCUCACAACAACUACCCGGCAAAUAACGACAAAAAAACCGUCCUACUACCCAAAGACGACACUAAGGUCGGCAGUACCAGUAAGAAGCAGAACUACCAUUCCCUGGCAACUACAUCUGCUGUUAACCCUGCUUCCUCUUCUUAUCAAAUGCAAAAGUGUCUGGGUCUGGAAACUUGUGAUGCUGGGUGGCGUAUCAUGAGGAGGCCACAAGUGCUGGCUCAGCAUGGCAAGUUUCUGAGCUUCUAGGUGUUGCCUAUUCUGCAUGACAAGCUGCGUUUCUGAAUGGCACAAAAGUGGCGCUCUUGGGUAACGUGCAUGACAGAUUUGAGAGUCAUGCCAGACAAGCAUGACAAACAUGCACUCUUCCAGACCCAGACAUUUUUACAUUUGAUACUUCUUCGGCCGCGGCUACUUUCCCGCCCGAACAGCAAUGGAGACUUGCAGUAUGACCUGUGCAUCAAAAGUUGUACCUGUACUAUCGCGCAUUUCGUUGCAUAGUAAAUUAGAGCUAGUACUACUGUCGUGACAACUACUCUACUAGUAGAAAUUCCUGCUUGAGGCAGCAUAUCAUGCAAAUAAUCCAUUUAACUUUAUUUCCCUUUAUUGAAAAAAUUGAAACAAAAUGCAAUAAAAAUUUUUUUCCACGACGACUCUGGUACGAUAGAAGGUUAUUUGCACCGUGCAUAAUAGCGACACUUGUGCCCUCCGCCUUCUGCUUUUGCGCCUCUAUCAACUGUAAAAAUGUCUGGGUCUGGAAGAAUGCAAGUUUGUCAUGCUUGUCUGGCGUGAUUCGAGAAUCUGUGUUGCAUAGGCACGAAAAACCCCUCUUACCUGUCAUGCAAAAACGCAGUGUGCCAUGCGGACUACGUAAGACAUGGCAACCAAAAAAUUUGUCAUGCAUAGCUGCGUACUGCAGUGCGUCUAUCAUUCAGUUUCGAGACCCACACGUUUUUACAUUUGAUAACCUCUGCCUUCUGCAUUUUCCACCUUCUGGCUUCGAGAUGAACGACCGCGGUCCAGCAUUUCUUAUCCCAUGAAAAAACUUUUUCACUGUGAUGGAUCUAUUGCAAGAUCUGCGUCACAAGUUUGCAACACAUGACACAGAAAAUUUGCCAUGCGCGUUCCCCAAGGGAUGAAAACAUGACUAAAAAGCCAUUGUGUUGCAGGUGUAGAAGCAGGACGAACACUUUGGCGCUUCGUUCUCUGCUGCAUCACAGGUUCACAGUGAAACAGUUUUUUCUUGCGAUGCUUCUGUUUCUUCCAGCAGUGUGGAGGUUCUCGAUCCAGAAUGUGAGGGUGGUUCUCGACCCGUUUCUGAUGGGGAAGAUAUGAAAUGCAAAAAUGUCUGGGUCUGGAAGAAAGCAUGUGUGUCAUGCUUGUCUGGCAUGACUCUUAAAUCUGUCAUGCACGUUACCCAAUAGCUCCACUUUUCUGUGAUGCAGGAAUGCAGUUUGUCAUGCAGAACAGGCAACACCUAGAAGCUCAGAAACUUGUCAUGCUGAGCCAGCACUUGUGGCCUCAUCAUGAGACGCCACCCAGCAUCACAAGUUUCCAGACCCAGACACUUUUACAUUUGAUAGAAGAAAAUGUUGAACAAGCGGGUCGUGGCACAACUCCGGCUCCUCCAGCGGCUGUAUUGUUCACAGAAGGUAAAAAAACUCCAGAUGUUUUGUCAACGUCCGAAUGCGGACUCUCCAAACGAGGACGACCGGUGCUCCUGCAAGAACCGGCCUACACGCCAGCACCCGAGGAACUAGGGGAGAACGAGGAAAACACGGUUGAGUUUGUGAAGAAGG